CACACACAACUUUGGGGUCUUGUUCUAUUCAAUCCCGUUCUUCCACAAGUAGUUCAGUGUCAGUCGUAGUGUGUAGCUCAGCAGAUACAGUCGUUAUAGACCAAUAAGUCUCCCUGUAUCUGUUCUUCCUAUCUGAUUCGUACUUAUCUUGAGGCAGGUUAUCCUCAGCAACACUGGUCAAAGGCCUUCUCCCCUGCACUUCACAAAAAUAAUAGAAUAAUAUUAGCCUCUUUUGGAUAAAGCACACACACACACACACACACACACACACACACACACCUCUGUCAGACCACAAAUGGUGGCGACCCGUCCUAGACACCCUCGGCCUGGGUUGUACCACUGUUCGCUCCGCCACCAGACGCGCCACAGCACCUGGCUCGCCUCGCGCCGCACGGGUCGUCACGCUGUCCCGUGAGACCACCUGCCUCGCUGGCGGGUUUUAAUCAAGGGACUAAUUUUCUCAAAACGCAUCGUAAGACACAAGACGAGGAGCAAGCAAGAUUCACGACGACACAGUUCUUCACUGACUCGUCAACUCACUGACUGCAAAGUGCGUCUGUGCAGAGAAGACAACACGUGUAGUGCCGCCCCUCCCGUGACUACUGAGGAGACAGGAAAGAGAAGAAACCAGGAAAGAAACAGCAAGAGGAGGAAGAGGAGGAGGAGGAGAAGGAGGAGUAAGAGGAGGACGACGACGAAAAAGAGUUGGGGAUUAAAGGGGAGGAGGACGAACAAGAGGAUGUACUGUGGUAAGAGGAGGAGGAGGAAGGCGUAAAUAGAAUAAAGGAAUAAAGAAAUACAAAGAAGAGUACGAAUGUAUAGGGAAGAAUAACGAAAUAUAUUGUCAAAUCAGGAAAAAAAAAGAAGGAAGAAAAGAAAAUAUAAAGGGAAUAGAAGCAAGAGUAGUGAAGCUUGAGAUAGAAUAAAAAAAAGAUAUGAAGGAGUAAUGGUUUAUAAGAAGGAGUAAGGAAAUAUAAGGAAGAAUAAUGAGAAGUACAGAAGGAAAAGGAUAUAUGAUGAAAGAAAAUAACCGUAGAUAACGCCUAUGAAAUUUUACUGGCACACAUUUCUUUCCUCCUCUCCUUCGAUUACCUUCCAACGUGGCAUACCCUUCCCUUAGCUAACCCAGCCAUUAUCCAAGAGGCAGAGAGGGAGAAGAUACAGUGCUCACCUCCUCACCACGCCCUGCAAUAAAGAGCAACACCUCCUCCUUCAAUGACCUCAUCCCAACACAUCAAAGACAAACCCACCACCACCACCACCACUACCACCACCACGACCACAACCACCAACCACGACCAUAACAAUAAUAAUGACCAAAACCAUAGCCCCCUCCACAAUUCCCGCCACAGUCAGAGCCGCACAGAGUCACCAGCAGCACCUCCAAGCCAGCUCUCCUUGUCCCAGCGGCAGUCCUCGUCCCCCCCUUACCACCACGUCGCCUUCACCAGCACCACCCUCUCCCUCCUCCACGCCACCGCCGCCACUCCAGCACGAGACCGCCGCCCUUAACCCUCCGAGGAACGUGCUGCCCCAGGGCCGUCUCGACCAGCUGCAGGCGGAGGUGAGCAAGCUGGAGCAGCGGAGCGAGCAGCUGGAGGCUCGGGUAGAGUUUUCUUCCGCCAGCACCAUGCCCUCGCCGCUGCCACGGACCAGAUCGACCUUAAACUGGAGGCGCUCAACCGACAACACAAGACCCUCUCGUCCUCAUAGUCUUUUGUGUGGCUGCCUCGAGGAACACUGCACGUACACCGCCUCUCCUGAGUGUGUUAUGGAGAUCCUUAAUGUUGAGGCAUACCUGUGUUUCCUGGUGCGAAAGAGAUUUGUGUGGUGUAAUACAGGUGCCGACACCGCACUUACCCACAAGAACUGACAAAAUAUCAUCGUUUUUAUGCUUACUAUAAUUUUU